CGCUGCCGGCGGAUCGCGCUGGAGCGGCCGCGGCUGCUGCGGAAGAAAGAAAAAGGCAAACAGCGGCCCGGCAGCCGGCGGAGCAGCGCCCGGCCCCGGCGGAGCGCCGGAGUGCGGAGCCGCCCAGAUAUUUUUUGAGUGCCUACUAUGUGCCAGCCUGUGCUACGCACUGGGGACACCAGUGGAAAAUCCCGACGUGUUCCCUGCUCUCCUGGUGCUCAUCACCCUGUGAGAGUUAUGUUAUGCCCAGACCAGCAGAGGGCUCCAUGAGGAUUCAUAGAAGAUGCCCCGCCUGUUGGCGCCUUUGGUGCUGCUUCCGGCGUGGCUCAUGAUGGUCGCCUGCAGCCCCCACUCCCUGAGGAUCGCUGCGAUCUUGGAUGACCCCAUGGAGUGCAGCAGAGGGGAGCGGCUCUCCAUCACCCUGGCCAAGAACCGCAUCAACCGUGCUCCCGAGAGGCUGGGCAAGGCCAAAGUCGAAGUGGACAUCUUUGAGCUUCUCAGAGACAGCGAGUACGAGACUGCAGAAACCAUGUGUCAGAUCCUCCCCAAAGGGGUGGUCGCCGUCCUGGGACCAUCUUCCAGCCCAGCCUCCAGCUCCAUCAUCAGCAACAUCUGUGGGGAGAAGGAGGUCCCUCAUUUCAAAGUGGCCCCCGAGGAGUUUAUCAAGUUCCAGUUCCAGAGGUUCACAACCCUGAACCUCCACCCCAGCAACACCGACAUCAGCGUGGCUGUCGCUGGGAUCCUGAACUUCUUCAACUGCACCACCGCCUGCCUCAUCUGUGCCAAAGCAGAAUGCCUUUUAAACCUAGAGAAGCUGCUCCGGCAGUUCCUCAUCUCCAAGGACACACUGUCGGUCCGGAUGCUGGACGACACCCGGGACCCCACCCCACUCCUCAAGGAGAUCCGCGACGACAAGACGGCCACCAUCAUCAUCCACGCCAACGCCUCCAUGUCCCACACCAUCCUGCUGAAGGCAGCUGAACUAGGGAUGGUGUCAGCCUAUUACACAUACAUCUUCACUAAUCUGGAGUUCUCGCUCCAGAGGAUGGACAGCCUCGUCGAUGAUCGUGUCAACAUCCUAGGAUUUUCCAUUUUCAACCAGUCGCAUGCGUUCUUCCAAGAGUUUGCCCAGAGCCUCAACCAGUCCUGGCAGGAGAACUGUGACCACGUGCCCUUCACCGGGCCUGCGCUCUCCUCGGCCCUGCUGUUUGACGCCGUCUACGCUGUGGUGACCGCGGUGCAGGAGCUGAACCGGAGCCAGGAGAUCGGUGUGAAGCCCCUGUCCUGCGGCUCGGCCCAGAUCUGGCAGCAUGGCACCAGCCUUAUGAACUACCUGCGCAUGGUAGAAUUGGAAGGUCUCACCGGCCACAUUGAAUUCAACAGCAAAGGCCAGAGGUCCAACUAUGCCUUGAAAAUCCUACAGUUCACAAAGAAUGGUUUCCAGCAGAUCGGCCAGUGGCACGUGGCAAAUGGCCUCAGCAUGGACAGCCGCCCCUACGCCUCCAACGUCUCCGACAGUCUCUUCAACACCACCCUGGUUGUCACCACCAUCCUGGAAAACCCGUAUCUAAUGCUGAAGGGGAACCACCAGGAGAUGGAAGGCAAUGACCGCUACGAGGGCUUCUGUGUGGACAUGCUCAAGGAGCUGGCGGAGAUCCUGCGGUUCAACUACAAGAUCCGCCUGGUCGGGGAUGGCGUGUACGGUGUUCCUGAGGCCAAUGGCACCUGGACAGGAAUGGUCGGGGAGCUGAUCGCUAGGAAGGCAGAUCUGGCAGUGGCAGGCCUCACCAUCACCGCUGAACGCGAGAAGGUGAUUGAUUUCUCCAAGCCAUUCAUGACUCUGGGAAUUAGCAUUCUUUAUCGAGUUCAUAUGGGACGCAAACCUGGCUACUUCUCCUUCCUGGACCCGUUCUCUCCCGGCGUCUGGCUCUUCAUGCUUCUCGCCUAUCUGGCUGUCAGCUGCAUCCUCUUCCUUGUGGCCCGGUUGACCCCCUACGAGUGGUACAGCCCCCACCCGUGUGCCCAGGGCCGGUGCCGCCUCCUGGUGAACCAGUACUCCCUCGGCAACAGCCUCUGGUUUCCGGUCGGGGGCUUCAUGCAGCAGGGCUGCGCCAUCGCCCCUCGAGCCUUGUCCACCCGCUGUGUCAGUGGCGUCUGGUGGGCAUUCACGCUGAUCAUCAUCUCAUCCUACACGGCCAACCUGGCAGCCUUCCUCACCGUGCAGCGCAUGGAUGUGCCCAUUGAGUCAGUGGAUGACCUGGCUGAUCAGACCGCCAUUGAGUACGGCACAAUUCACGGAGGCUCCAGCAUGACCUUCUUCCAAAAUUCCCGCUAUCAGACCUACCAGCGCAUGUGGAACUACAUGUAUUCCAAGCAGCCGAGUGUGUUUGUGAAGAGCACGGAGGAGGGAAUCGCCAGGGUGUUGAAUGCCAACUACGCCUUCCUUCUGGAGUCCACCAUGAAUGAGUACUAUCGGCAGCGAAACUGCAACCUCACUCAGAUUGGGGGCCUGCUGGACACCAAGGGCUAUGGGAUUGGCAUGCCAGUCGGUUCGGUUUUCCGAGACGAGUUUGAUCUAGCCAUUCUCCAGCUGCAGGAGAACAACCGCCUGGAAAUUCUGAAGCGCAAAUGGUGGGAAGGAGGCCGAUGUCCCAAGGAGGAAGAUCACAGAGCCAAAGGACUGGGAAUGGAGAAUAUUGGUGGAAUCUUUGUGGUUCUUAUUUGUGGCUUAAUCGUGGCCAUUUUUAUGGCUAUGUUGGAGUUUUUAUGGACUCUCCGACACUCAGAAGCUACCGAGGUGUCCGUGUGCCAGGAGAUGGUGUCCGAGCUGCGCAGCAUCGUCCUGUGUCAGGACAGCGUCCACCCCCGCCGGCGGCGCUCGGGGGUCCCGCCGCCCCGGCCCCCGGCCCCCGAGGAGCGCCAGCCCCGGGGCACCGCGACGCUCAGCAACGGCAAGCUGUGCGGGGCCGGGGAGCCCGACCCGCUGGCGCAGAGACUGGCCCAGGAGGCCGCCCUGGUGGCCCGCGGCUGCGCACACAUCCGGGUGUGCCCCGAGUGCCGCCGGUUCCAGGGCCUGCGGGCGCGGCCGUCGCCGGCGCGCAGCGACGAGAGCCUGGAGUGGGACAAGGCCACCAACAGCAGCGAGCCCGAGUAGCCGCCGCGCCGCCCCGGACCGCGGACCCGGCACCCUCACCCAGAGGGCAAAGGGCCGGAGGCAGCGCGCCGGCGCGGGAGCUGCGGCCGCCGGAGACGUGCGCCCGGGGGCGAGGGCACGCCUCCCUGCCCGCCCCGACG